GCAUUCGGUCUUUGUUGCUGCAUGCAGGCUUUCUCUAGUUGUGGUGAGCAGGGCCUACUCUUUGUUGCGGUGCGCAGGCUUCUCAUUGUAGUGGCUUCUCUUGUUGCAGAGCAUGGGCUCUAGGCACACGGGCUUCAUAGUUGUGGCACUCGGGCUUCAGUAGUUGUGGCUUGUGGGCUCUACAGCGCAGGCUCAGUAGUUGUGGCACAUGGGCUUAGUUGCUCUGCAGCAUGUGGGAUCUUCCCAGACCAGGGAUCAAACCCGUGUCCCCUGCAUUAGCAGGCGGAUACUAAUCCACUGCACCACCAGAACACUGGCUCUAUGCACGCAGGCUUCAGUAGCUGUUGGACAUGGGCUCACUAGUUGUGGCUCACGGGUUCUCGGACGCAGGCUCAGUAGUUGUGGCACAUGGCUUAGUUGCUCCAUGGCAUGUGGGAAUUUCCCGGACCAGGAUCAAACCUGUGUCUCCUGCAAUGGCAGGCAGAUUCUUAACCACUGCGCCACCAGGUUCUGGUUACAGCUACCCCUCGCCAUAACUUUUGAACUAUAUUUGGAAAAAUACUGGCCAGAAAAAAAAAUGAUAAAAUUUUUCCUCAUGGUGAAUAAACAAGGGCAGACCCGACUUUCUAAGUACUAUGAACAUGUGGAGAUUAAUAAACGUACGCUUCUGGAAACAGAAGUCAUAAAGAGCUGUCUCUCUCGAUCCAAUGAACAAUGCUCUUUCAUUGAAUAUAAGGAUUUUAAGCUGAUAUAUCGGCAGUAUGCAGCUCUCUUCAUUGUGGUCGGAGUUAAUGACACUGAGAAUGAGAUGGCGAUUUAUGAAUUCAUCCAUAACUUCGUGGAAGUUUUAGACGACUACUUCAGCCGAGUGAGUGAAUUAGAUAUAAUGUUUAAUUUGGAUAAAGUACACAUCAUUUUGGAUGAGAUGGUGUUAAAUGGCUGCAUUGUGGAAACGAAUAGGGCAAGAAUUCUUGCCCCUCUACUAAUUCUUGAUAAGAUGUCAGACAGCUGAAAACAGAAGGCUCUGCCAGACAACAUCGACUUAUAGGAAAUGAGGACACCAUGGAAUACCUCUCAACAUCACUAGCCCAAAAGAACCUGGAAGACCAAACACUGCAAAAUGGGCUGUGCUUCCAAAGACAUUUUAAAUAGGUGUUUUCCACAGUUCCUAAAUGGAAAACAAAACUGUAUUUUAAAACAUGAUGCACAAAGAAAAAUUUUCUCUAAACAGAGAGACAAGUUUUAUUUUCUGACCAUAAGCAUUUUUUUUCUCUUGUUUAGAUUUUGUGGAGUACUGAGGGAAACUCUUUUGGUCUCUGCUUCCCUUUGCAAAGGGAUAAAUUCAGGAACAGCAUCAUGGGGUGGGAAGCAAAUGUGGCACCUCUCUAUUGGCCAAUAAACUUUUAAAAUUGACUUGAACGUGCAUAGCACUUUGAAUAAUACUGUUUUCUGAAUGCUAUCUUUUUCCUUAAAAAGUCGAAAUGUGUGUACCUAAUGAAAAUUGCAGAAUCAAAUAUUCUUUGCCGGUUUCUAAAAGCCUGAUAUCCAUUUUAUGGGUACUUGGCAAUUACAAUGACAUCAUGUAAUUAACUCUAUAGAGAAUGUUACUACCUAAUAAUGAAUCGCUAAGACAGCCCUUAUAGCUAUCCUAUAUGCCAUAUUGUAAAGAGUUGGUCUUAUUAGUAAACUUAUUUGUAAAUGAAAUUUAGUUCAAAGUUUAAAACCAGAAUGCAAGAGAAUAUGUCUGUUCAGGUUGCCAUGAAAUGACUCCGUCUUCCCCUCCCUUUUAUUCCUUCAACCCCUUCUCCUGGAAUGUGCUGAAGCAAAGAAAACUGCUAAGUCACUAUAGAAGAGCAAUGCUCUGAUCCUCCCAAACCUUUCUGUAUAUAUGCUUUUCUUUCGUAACAGUAGGAGAUACAGAACUGUCUUUAAAACUUCACUUACAUAUUUCAAAGUUUGCAUCUACCAGGCAACCAGUCAAUAAUGGACUCCAAAAGCAAACCUUAGUUGUUUUGGACUCAUUCAGGAAGGCAGAGGAAAGGCUUCUGACCUGCCAGAACAGUGAAUGGUAUGCAUUAAGUAGCCAAGGUCGGGGAAAAGCCCAGUCUAGAUCAAAGUACUUUGGAGGUCUUUCUGAGACAUAAUUAGUUGGGAAACACUGGCCUAGUUGGUAGGCACUUCAUCAGUAGCACAUUCAGGUAACUGCUGAAACUGGUACACCAGAAGUAACUAGGGAGUGAAUAAAAUUAAUUUUGGGGUCACACCAAAAUAGCUUUCAAAUAACAUCUUGGCACAGAUUUUAGUACCUUGAGAGAAUAACAAUUAAAAUAAAUACUAGGUAGAUACCACUGGAAAAAAUACUCCAGAGGCUAGUGUGUGUGUGAAGACCCAAGUAGAUGUCUCACAGUAUUUGACUUAUACACAAAGUGAACUCUAAUGUGACCCUCUGUUGUGUGACAGGCUGUGUCAUCAUCUCACUUCAGGUUUAUUGCUGAACUGUGACUACCAGCUUUAAGUGAUUUUCAGACUCAUGAAAUUUAUGUCUCAGAUUGGUCAGCUUUACCUUGUUCUUGGACUUUUAGUUCUACAGGAAGAUUCCUGACAUUUCAGAGUUACUCACUGUAUAAGACUCUUCAACUUUACCUGCUGUAGCACCAGGAUUCAGCAAACCUUUUCUGCAAAGGGCCAGACAGUAAAUAUUCUAGGCUUCGUGGCCCAUAUGGUCUUUGCUGUAACUACUCAGUUCUGCCACUGUAGUGCAAAAAAGAGCCAUAGAUUAUACAUAAAUAAGUCAGCAUGGCUGUGUUCUAAUAAAACUUUAUUUCUUUAUGGACACAAAUCUGAAUUUCAUAAAAUUUUCACAUAAGAUAUUAGCAUUCUUUUUUAUUUUUUUCAACCACUUAAAAAUUUAAAAACCAUGUUUAGUUCAUGGGCCAUACAAAUGCAAAUGGCAGGCCACAGUUUGCUGACCCCUGUGCUAGACUAGUCUUGGUAAAAGCUGGCUAUUGACAGACAUUUUAGAGACUUAAAUAAUACACAUAAACUGGAUUUUAAUUCUACUGCUAGUAUAAAGUUCUAGUCAUGCAUCCACGUAUUGAGACAAUCACCACCACUGUUUUCUUCAUUAAAGCAUAGGUCAUACGUUUAUAUAUUGCUAUUAUGUUUUAUUUUAACUUUUAUUCUCGCAGAGAACUGUGAAGCUAACAAUAAGGUAAAUUAUGUAAAUGCUGCCUCUGAUUACAUAGUCACAACAUUCUCAUGCAGAGAACAGAAACACUACUCAAAUGAUUGACUGCAAUGGGAGAAAUCUCUUCUAAUGUAGAAAGGGAACGUACCUUUUAAACAGGUAAAUUGUGGGCAAUUCCAAAAAAUGCUUUUCACGCCUAUAAAAGCCAUUUGGCUAAAUCAGACCUAGUGACAUUUCUUUUACCUAGAUGCAUAGAUAUGUUAAGUCACAGGAAAAUGGAAAUAUAGCCCCUUUUCAAAACCAGGAAAUAACAUUAUCCCAGUGGCUUCUUUUCACACUAACACAACAUUCAAAAAUCAUUCUUGGAUCUUAGACUUACACAUCGCUGAAGAUACAAUGGUAAGUAGCAUAUUUGGUGUUUAAAAAGUUAACACAAAUAACUUGGCUAUUUUUUACCUGAAGAAUACUUUAAAGACAGAAUACAAGAGUUGGAUCACAAGCAUGUAAACAUAUAUUUCUCCUAGCUUUCCAGUUUCAGUAAGUGUAUUUACACAGAAAAAUACAUUUCUUCAUGUAGUAAUUUAAAAAAACUAUAUAUCUCAAUGAUUCAAAAUGAAAAGUAUACAGCUAAGCUCUUAGGUCUGAUGGCUGCAGUGAAACAGUCACAUGACACAGUUUUGUACGCUGCAAACAUUUUAAUGAUUAUUGUUGAGAAUACAUUUUGGAAAUUUUUUUACUUCAAACUGCAACAAGUUAAAUAAAUGUUUAUAAUAUACAAAGAAAAUACAACCAAAAGUAAAACUUGCUUUAAGUGUGCCUUGCACCUAAACCAGUAUUUUCUCCCCCUGCUUAAUAUAGCUUUAUUU